UGGUUCACACUCCGAAACACGAGGGGGCGCUACUGCCGACACACCGGCGCCGAAUGAUUACGUAGAGUUUCAAGAUGUCGUCGCAGUACUAUCAAGAGAUGCAGGAGAGCUUCAAAAAUAACAGCAAGAGUCGGGAGUUCCCGGCCCAUACCGCCAAGGUCCACUCGGUAGCGUGGAGCUGCGAUGGCAGGAGACUCGCCUCCGGGUCUUUCGACAAAACCGCCAGCGUUUUUAUCCUGGAAAAAGACCGCUUGGUGAAAGAGAACAACUACAGAGGUCACGGGGACAGCGUAGAUCAGCUCUGCUGGCAUCCGACCAACCCAGAUCUGUUCGUCACAGCAUCUGGAGACAAGACCAUUCGCAUAUGGGACGUCCGUACCACCAAAUGCAUUGCCACUGUCAACACAAAAGGAGAAAACAUCAACAUCUGUUGGAGCCCUGACGGUCAGACUAUCGCCGUUGGGAACAAAGACGAUGUGGUGACCUUCAUCGACGCCAAGACUCAUCGCUCCAAGGCAGAGGAACAGUUCAAGUUCGAGGUGAACGAGAUCUCCUGGAACAACGACAACGACAUGUUCUUCCUCACAAAUGGCAACGGCUGCAUCAAUAUUCUGAGUUAUCCAGAGCUGAAGCCCAUUCAGUCCAUCAACGCUCACCCGUCCAACUGCAUCUGUAUCAAGUUCGACCCCACGGGAAAAUACUUUGCCACAGGCAGUGCAGAUGCCCUGGUCAGCCUGUGGGAUGUGGAGGAGCUGGUGUGUGUCCGCUGCUUCUCCAGGUUAGACUGGCCGGUGAGGACUCUGAGUUUCAGCCACGAUGGCAAGAUGUUGGCCUCGGCCUCCGAGGAUCACUUCAUAGACAUCGCCGAGGUGGAAACAGGAGAGAAGCUGUGGGAGGUUCAGUGUGAUUCUCCGACCUUCACCGUCGCCUGGCACCCAAAGAGGCCGCUGCUGGCCUACGCCUGCGACGACAAGGAGGGCAAGUACGACAACAACCGAGAGGCGGGCACCGUCAAACUGUUCGGCCUCCCCAACGACUCCUGAGACGGCGCAGUUGAGGUUGUACUGCUGAAACCGCUUUGCUCCCUUAUGUCUCAGUGAUCAUAAGAAGUUGAGCAAAUUAAAGGAAGCAUCACAAGGAAACAAAAAAAAGGAUGCUGCGGCUUUGCAUUUUGGAUUCAUCUCCUAAAGCAACAGUAACCUUUUGCCACCAGCAGAUGGUGCAGCUGUCCUAACCUUCCUUUAACAUCUGGCUUCAUUCCCUGUGUCUAUACACAGAUGACGACACAAUUCCUUGUGCUGUAAUAUAUUGUCUUUUUGUAAAAUAUGCGUUGUUUUUGAUAUUAAAAUCGGUCUCUUUGUAA